AUGGACUACGCGCAGCCUCAACCUCCUCAUUAUGGCCAGCAUCCACACGCGCCGCACAUGCAAGCCGCGUUUACGAAUGCGCAACAGAACCAAGGACCGUCAACAAUUACGUCCCCGCCCAAUCAACCCCAGCAAAUGCACCAGCAGCAUCCAAAUCAAGCAUCCCCUGUCCUACCAUCACAAGGUGGCAACUAUUCCUAUCCACCUCAGCCUGGCAGUCAACCAAACCACGCCCUGAAUUACCCUCAAGCAUACGCCGUGCCACAACCAAAUAUGCAAAACGCAGCGGCCAUGGCUACCGCGGCAGCCGCCGGUAACAGCUAUCAAUACCUACCACAAACAUCGAUGGCGCAGGGAUCGCCACGAAUGGCGACCAUGGGAAUCAAAAAUGAGGUUCAACGGAGGUCACCAACACAAAUGCAGAAUCAAAUGGGAUCACUCCCCUCCCAAGUCCAGCACAAUCAUCGAAUGUCUCAGAGUCAAAUGGCCCACCAUGUCAGCAGCCCACAUACGCAGAAUUCGAACUCAGUCCUGUUGAACCACAUGCCCCCACGAGGUUCUGUCCCACCUCAGAUGCCUCCGCCUGCACCACAUCAGCCGUCGCCUGACACGGCGCCAGCAGCUGUCGAAGAAGCUCCACUAUACGUGAAUGCCAAACAGUUCCACCGCAUCCUCAAAAGGCGGGUUGCAAGGCAGAAGUUGGAAGAAGCCUUGCGGCUUACUUCCAAAGGCAGAAAGCCAUACCUGCACGAGUCAAGACAUAAACAUGCGAUGAGGAGACCCCGGGGACCAGGUGGAAGGUUUUUGACUGCAGAAGAGGUUUCUGCCAUAGAGAAAGGCGAAGGUGGAGAGCUACAAAAAUAUGCAAGCAAUUUACCAAAGCCCGAAGCAAAUUCGCCAGCGGAGAAUAAAACGCCUAAGACAGGGUCGAAGAGGAAAGCUGGGGAUGAUGACGAAGACACACCAGCAAAGAAGAUCAAAGGCGAUUCGAACAAGAAGAGUUCUAGUCCCGAUGACGAUGACGAAGAUGGAGACGACGAUGAGGAUGCAGACGACGAGGAAUGA